AUGUCUUCUUCUACUAUUGCUACUACUUCAACUGUGCUCAAGGCUGGAAAUACGGCUGUCAUUACUGGAGCCAGUUCUGGAAUUGGUCGUUCUAUGGCCCUCUUUUGUGCGGGCAAGGGAAUGACAGUCUGGAUGGUGGAUGUGGAUGCUCCGGAAUUGGAAACAGCCAAGGAAUUGGCAAUGGCCAAGGCAACGGAUGGGUCCAAGGUGGAAAGUCGUGUGGUGGAUGUUUCGGAUUGCGAUGCCAUGAUGAAGCUGUCGGAAGAAGUUUACGCCGAUGGUGGAAAUUGUCACUUUCUCAUGAACAAUGCAGGUGUGGGAAAAGGGGGUGACGCCAUGACGGACAUGCAAACAGUCGCAUUCACCAUGGGAAUCAAUACCUACGGUCCCAUUCAUGGUUGUCUAGCGUUUGUUCCCAAGAUGAAGGAGUCCAAACAAGCUGGAAUCAUUGUCAAUACAGGAUCCAAACAAGGAAUCACCAUGCCACCAGGAAAUCUUACGUACAACAUGUCCAAGGCUGCCCUCAAGUGCUAUACGGAGGGUUUGGAGCACGAUUUGAGAUCCAAUGACGAUUCGAAACAUUUGAGAUCUGCCUUGCUCAUUCCUGGAUGGGUGAAUACUUCCAUCAUGCUCAAGUCGGUCCGAAAAGACAAGCUAGAAAAGGGAGAAGAUUUCGAUCCAUCCACUGUAUUCUUCCACGAGGACAAGCCAGCAUCGGGAGCAUGGAUGCCACAACAAGUGAUUGAUUUCAUGUUGGAAGAACUUGACAAGGGUCUGUUUUACAUUGUCUGUCCGGAUAAUGAUGUAGAUCGAGAGACUGAUAAUUUGCGAAUGACUUGGGCCAUGCAAGAUAUCACUCAAGACCGUCCGCCAUUGUCUCGUUGGCAUCCCGAAUACAAGGAUGAGUUCACAGAGUUCCUCAAGACAAACAAGGCACAAUAA